AUGGGUAUUUUUUGUUCAGGCAAUCAGGUGAUCACCAUAUGGAGCUCACCACCUCUACAUGCUGACACUAUAGAACUUAAGUUUGAAAGUAUUAUUCCAACUCGGCAGACUGAGCAGUCAAAAGGGAUAAAUGAUUUGGACGACAAACACCAAGAGAACUGGCCAGACGCGGCCGUCCUGCUGUCGGCUGGGUCUAUGUGUAGCCGUGAUGUCCACCUGCGAGCGCAUCAACUUCGAGAAGGCUCUGUUGGCUUCGCGCCAAGGGGAGCAGAUCCAGACAGACAGAGGAAGACACGGCGAUUUGGAAGAGACAAAAGAGGCAGAGAUCUCUGGUUGGGUUCUGAAGAAAUGCUUAUGUGUCGUGGUGACUCUUUCGCAAUAAGAAUCACGAAAACAUUUUUAUGGAUCGUUUUGCGGGAGAAUUUCGCGACAAAAGUAAUCUUUCAUUACUAUUUUUUAAUAUAUAAUUAUAAUGUGUACCUAAAAGAUGGGUUAAUACAGUUGCUUAUUACUUAG